AUGACGGUAGAAGAGGAAGGAGAAAAGGCGAGAAAAAACCGAAGUGUGACGAGGGCAGGUGAAAAGAGACGGGCGAAGAGCGGCGACGGACCGAUGCAUUUGCUGCCUACUUACAGGCCUGCAGUACCGUCGUCGAUCCGUCGACGUCUCCGUCGAACUCCACGCCCGCUACAACCUGUUGUCUGUCGGUCGCCCGAGGCUCUCCUGCAUCUCGUUGCCCUGUUUGGAAGCGAAACGUUUUCGCUGAUCGACGACGAUUCAACCACCCGUAACUCGCGUCUAGCCUGA